CAAAUACAGACAUCAAAAAGGGUGGUUAGGCUAGUUUUUUUUUUUAUCACAUCCACAAACCCUAACUACACACUUUCAGCAACCAGCAGCAGCAGCAACAAAUCAACAAUGGCGGAUGUAGAGGUUGAUGUGGCGGCCGGAGCAGGAGCACCAAAGAAGAGAACGUUUAAGAAGUUUAGCUUCAGAGGUGUUGAUUUGGAUGCUCUUCUUGAUAUGUCUACUGAUGACCUUGUUAAGCUCUUCACUGCUCGUGCUCGCAGAAGGUUCCAGAGAGGUUUGAAGAGGAAGCCAAUGGCUCUGAUUAAAAAGCUCCGCAAGGCUAAACGUGAGGCGCCUGCUGGUGAGAAGCCAGCAUGUGUGAAGACCCACCUGAGGAACAUGAUCAUCGUUCCUGAAAUGAUUGGAAGCAUUGUUGGUGUGUACAGUGGGAAGAUUUUCAAUCAGGUUGAAAUUAAGCCCGAGAUGAUUGGACACUACCUGGCUGAGUUUUCGCUCUCGUACAAACCUGUUAAGCAUGGAAGGCCUGGUAUUGGUGCUACCCACUCUUCUAGGUUUAUUCCAUUGAAGUGAACAGGAAAUAUCCUGAUUUUUCACUGUCAUUUAAUUUUUGCCUACUAAGAAUUAACUAGACUUUGGUAUUUAGGUUCUUUUAAGUUUGCAGUCCUUCAGACAUAUAAAACACAUGUUGUGUUAAAAAUCGUAUGCGUUUUGAAUCUAUUUUCGUA